AUGGUAGACAUCUCCGUCAAUGUCAAGAAGGCCUGCUCUGUGGACGAGACCGCUCCCAAACGUAAACACGUCAGAGCGUGUAUCGUCUACACGUGGGACCAUCGGGACUCGAAACCGUUCUGGCAGUCGUUGAGAAUCACCCCAAUUCAAACCGACGAGGUCCAGGUGUUCAAAGCAUUGAUUGUUAUCCACAAAGUGUUACAAGAGGGCCACCAAGUUACUCUCAGAGAUGCCCAAAGAAACCGGGAUUUUAUUGAUGGAUUAGGCAAGAUCUUUCACGGCGAAGGGUUCAAGGGCUAUGGCAAACUUAUCCGCGAAUAUGACCAGUUCUUGAUGCAAAAAUUGGCCUUCCAUAGGAAAUACAAGGAAUUUAACGGGACCUUCGAGUACGAGGAAUACAUUUCUUUGAGGGCCGUUUCCGAUCCAAAUGAGGGGUACGAAGCCAUUCUUGAUUUGAUGUCGUUGCAAGAUGCGAUCGAUGAUUUACAAAGAGUGAUUUUUGCCAGCAUUUCCCACGAUAGGGGGUCGGAAUGUAAAAUCUCUGCCCUUGUGCCAUUACUCACUGAGUCCUACGGGAUUUACAAGUUUGUCACCUCGAUGCUCAGAGCCAUGCAUCAAUCCACCGGUUCGGACGAGGCGUUGGAACCAUUGAGACAAAGAUAUAAUUCUCAACACGCCAGGUUAUACGAGUUUUACGCGGAUUGUUCGUCGAUUCGUUAUUUAACCUCGUUGAUCAACGUGCCAAAGCUUAGUAUCGAUGCCCCAGAUUUGUUUGUGGAUGAAGAAACUGGCCAACGUCGUGCCACUCCUCCAAAAGAACCUUCACCAGUUGCUGCCCCUGCUCCUCCUCCAAAAGAAGAAACUCCUGAUAGGCUUAUUGGCCAACCAACCGGGAUUGACUUCUGGCAAAACCAACAAGAAAACUCCGAGGCCGAACAAGCUAGAUUGGCGCAAGAAAGAGAGGCGCAGAUCUUGGCCCAACAACAGGAACAACUCCGUCAACAACAAAUGUUUGAGCAACAAAGAGCCGAAUUGGCCCAACAACAAGUUAAUCAACAACAAGCGAUGUUCCACCAGCAAGCUCAAGGGCGGGUGGCAGAAUUGGAAAGAGAUUUGUUAUCGGUUAAGAACCAAUAUGAUCAAGAUCAAUUAUUAUUGCAAUCAUACGAUCAAAGAGUCAAACAAUUGGAGCAAGACGUUCUCAAUGCCAACCAAGCUGCUACUCAACAAAUCGCCUCGAAAGAUCAAAUGAUCAACAGUAUUCAAGAACAAAUCAACUUGUGGAAAAAUAAGUAUGAAUCGUUGGCCAAGUUGUACAGUCAAUUGAGACAAGAACAUUUGAAUUUGUUGAAUAAGUACAAGAAAUUGCAACAAAAGGCCGCGUCAUCACAAGAAGCCAUUGACAAGCGUGAAAAAAUGGAGCGCGACAUGAAGGCCAAAAACAUCGAAUUGGCAGAUUUGAUCCGCGAACGUGAUCGUGCAAGAUUGGAACUUGACAAGUUGAGAGGGGCCAAAGAUACUCAAAUUGACAGAUUGGAAUUGGAAAUCAGAACUUUGAAAGACAAUUUAGAUUCCGUGGAGAAAAACCAAUCUUCUAAUUUAACCGCGAUUUUCUCGGCUCAUAAAAAGGAAAUUGACGAUUUACAACAGAAAUUCAAGCAAGUGGAUGGAAUGUCACCAGAAGUUGAAGAUAAAUUGCGUGAAAAAGAAGAAGAAAUUGAAAUCUUACAACAAACUAUGGAUGAUACUAUCAAACAAUUAGCAGAAUCUAAAAAGGCCGGUGAUGAUGCCCUUGACGAACAAAUUGAUGCAGUGUUAGAGGCUCAUCUCCAAAAACUCAUUAGCAUUGUUGAUUCGAUUUUAAAGAGCGGGAUUGCAAGAAUUCAAGAUAGCUUAUUUGAAUUGGACUCGCCAAUGCAAACCGGUAAUCAGAACUCUUCCCCAGCUUAUUUGUUAUCGAUCAUUGAAAAAGCCGGGGUUUUGGCCCAAGAUUUCGGUACCGCGUUCAAUAAUUUCAUUGCCGAUGGUCCAGGCGGCAAUCAUGCUGCCAUCAUUUCUACUGUCUCCGGGUUCUCUACUGCGAUUUCCGAUGUGAUUUUGAACUCCAAAGGGGUAAUCAGAUUAUCAAAAACUGAACAAUUGUCUGAAUCCAUUCUUGCCUCUGCCAGAUUGAUUGCGGAAACCGCCAUGGAUUACCUUGAUGAUUUACUCAAUGAGAAUUUGGAAGGCGAUUCUGAUGAAACCAAAACUGAUACUGUUAUCAAUGGGGUGCUUGAAAUCCAUGAAAGAUUGACCGAGUUAUCGGAAUUGGCAGAAACUUUGGCGCCAAAGAUCGAACUUAAAGGUGAAUUAGAUAAAUUGGUUGAUGAUGAAAUGAAUUCUGCUGCCCAAGCCAUUGCUGCCGCGACCUCUCAUUUGACAAGCUUAUUGAGCAGUAAACAACUUGCAGCCCUUGAUCCAAUCAAUAUGGAAAUCAACAAAGCGAUCCUUGCUGCAGCAAUUGCUAUUACCAACGCGAUUAGUUUAUUGAUCCAAGCCGCCACUGAUACACAAAAUGAAAUUGUCGCUAAUGGGAAAGGUUCUAGUACCAGAGCCCAAUUCUACAAGAAACAUAACAAAUGGACCGAAGGGAUGAUUUCUGCUGCCAAAUCCGUCGCCGCCGCCACCAAUAUCUUGAUUAAAACCGCCGAUGGAUGUCUUGGACAAACCAACUCGCACGAAGAAUUGAUUGUUGCCUCUAAUGAAGUGGCUGCGUCUACUGUCCAAUUAGUGGCCGCCGCCAGAGUCAAAGCCACCUCGGCAUCCAAGACCCAAGACCGUUUGGAAGAAGCAAGUAAAACAGUGUCGAUGGCGUGUAAAGCCCUUGUUAGUCAAGUGCAAGCGAUGAUUGCCAAAUCGCACGCUGUGGAAAAUGAUGUGGAUUUCUCAAAAUUGAGUAUUCUUGAUAAUAGAAAAGCCGAAAUGCAACAACAAGCGGAAAUCGUCAAACUUGAAAACUCCCUUAGCGCUGCUAGAAAAAGAUUAGGGGAGAUAAGAAAAUACAGUUAUCAAGAUGACAGUGAUAGUGAGGCUGAUGAGGAUUAUUAG